UACAGACACAUCGCCAUUGCUCCUCGAUGGAUAAGGGCGAAACUACGUCGCUGGUUUUGGAGCAUUUUUCAUUUACGAUUUCUUCUUGUAUUUUAGUCCGGGAAGUGACCAAAAUGGUCUCAAGUUAUCCCUAAGAUCGGUACCUAGCUGGAUGGAGGGUCUUGGCCCGUGGAUGGGCUACCUUUCUUGGCGAUUUCAUCGCUAGGAUGCAGGGCUAUUAAAAGGGACGAUGCAAAGAGGGGGAAGAUUAGGUCAUCAAACACCAUCAAGAGCAGUCAGCCAAGGACAGGACUCAUGCCCAGAUACUUCAACCCAACUACAGAAACUUGAGAACGAAGCAGUGCUACAUGGAGGGCGUUCAGCUGGAUCGCAGGGACGGAUUGAUCCUGUAACAUAUUCAAACCCAUCCUUAGGUGCAGUUGAAGGAACCAGCGAAGUGCCACUCCAAGGAAGUCCUUCAGUUCAUGCAGUUCGUGUCCAGGGUCAGCAGCUUCAGGUUGUGGCUCCAGAGCUCAUCUCAGUUGCAGAUUACUUGGCUCAUUCAGCUGCUACUAGAUCGGUUGGAGCAUCACAGAGGCAACUUCUAUCACCUGCCAGGAGUUCACUCGACGAAAGACGAGACCCUGGUCAGUUGAAUGAGAGACCGGCAGGGAAUGCGUAUUCAUUAGCAUUUCCAGGUGCUGCUGGCUUCUAUUCACCUAGUGGUUCUCCUGUCAUCGAGUCCAUUGUUUCCCAACCUCUCUCUUCUCCCUCUCAACAGCCUGUUAGGGCAGUACAUCAUUUGGCUCAAGGGUUAUCAAGCAGAAUAUUCCCAGAUGGUAGCAUACCAAAAGCACAUCCUGAUAAGCAAGGCCAAAGAAGUCCUCAUAACCCUUUCGGUGGCCUAUCGUCAGGUGGUCCCUCUAGCGUACAAGGGACCAGUACAGCCACACCAUCCCUCCCUUUCAGCCCUUCACGGACAAACCCUCUUCAGUCCAGUCCUGUUAAACCCAUCAAAUCAAUCAUGAGUGUAGCGACCAAUCAACCACCUACUGAGGUGGUUGAGCUUCGAAGAAAAACUCUUGAGGAGAAGAGAAAAACAUUGAAAGAUGUGCAAAACUCUUAUGUAGACAAAUUGACAGAGCUGUUUUUCCUGCAGCAAAGUCACAAUAUGAUGGACUAUGUGAUCUGGAAAAAGAAGCAACCGGAUCUACAGUUGGCAUCGUACUUGAAAAGCAGACAACUUGAAGAGCGUAUCCAGGACCAGAUCAGUGAGGUUAAAGUAAGUACAUCAUCAAGCAGCAAUGCCUCUCUCAGCUCACCUGCAACCAUCUCUGCCCAGCUUCCCCAGGAGGUAGCAGCAGCCCAGCUGAAGAAACGCCUCGAUGGAGAAGAUAGCAGCAGGAAGGGUCAGCCAGGAUUAGGAGGCUCCUCUAUAGUCUCGGCCAGUGAAGCUCGGAAACGAAGCAGCAGUCAGGCGGGUCUUGAUGAGGCUGGUGAAGAGCGCUCAGUUAAACUGAGUAUUGGUGGUUCAGAAGUGCUGACUAAGAGUGAAACAUCCUCAACAGCUCCUUCACGAACACUGCCUUCAAUAACUGUGAUCCCUGCUACACCAACGAUAGGCAACAAGUCUGGUGGCGAGGAGGCACCGUUGGUCACCAAGGUUGCUGUUGAUGCUUCUGAUGUUAAAGGCUUAGUUGGUCUCGCCUCGCCCCCGCAACGCAAUAUAAGUGGCAUAAGUGGACCAUCGGCAUUAGGUCAGCUCUCGGGUAACAAGAGCCUGAUCAGAUCUCCUCUUCCGCCCGGGUUAUCAAGAGACAGACAAGGGACCAGGCAGGGAGCCCUCUCUGCAGUCUAUGACUACACCAUCGGCUCUCAGGAGAUGAUCGUAGAAAGAGCAAAACAGGAAGCCCAGGUGAUGCAAAGAAUAGCCGAGCUGAGAAGAGACGGACUUUGGUCUGCCAAGCGUCUUCCCAGGGUUCAGGAGCCUCCACGACACAAGGCACACUGGGACUACCUGCUGGAGGAGAUGCAGUGGCUUGCUGCAGACUUUGCUCAGGAGAGAAGGUGGAAGAAAAAUGCUGCCAGAAAGUUGGCUCGAGCUGUGGCCAAACACCACCAGGACCAAGAGGCCAGGGAGAUGAAAGCUGGCAAGGAGGAGGUGCAGAAACUCAAGCGGAUAGCAGGGAACAUCGCCAAAGAAAUCAAAGCUUUCUGGGCUAAUAUAGAAAAAGUUGUGCAAUAUAAACAGCAGAGCAGAUUAGAUGAACGAAGGAAGAAGGCUCUGGACCUUCAGCUGGACUUCAUCGUCGGUCAGACAGAGAAGUAUUCAUCCUGGCUCACAGAGGGACUUAACACCAGCACGGCAGCGUCUUCUGCUCAAGCUUCCUCGGUGUCUAGUCCAAGGUCUGAUCGCAUGGUUGAUGACAUUGAAUUUGAACCUCAGGGAGAUGACAGCGACGAUGAAGAGACGAUAGACGUGGAGGAGAAGCAGGCCGCCAAGGCGGGUGAGGUGGCCGGUGGUGUGAGUGAGAUUGAGCUGCUGCAGAGGGAGAGUGAGCUUCCUAUAGAAGAGCUGCUCAGCUCUCUACAGGAAGCGCAGAAGAAGGAGGAGGAAGAGAAGAAGAAGAGCUCUGGGGGAAAGGCGGAAGGGGAGACGACCAAGAAACGGGAAGAGGAUCAGCCAGAUGCUGCUUCCCUUGUAGAAGUGACUGCACCUGACUCCAAGAUCUCAGAGAGUAAAGAUGACAAGGACUUUGAAUUAUCAGCAGAUGAAGAAGAAAUAGUUGAUGAUGAUGAGAAGACCCUUGACGAGCAAGAAGAAACGGAAGGCACGGUUGAUCACAAGGCCGAGCUGGACGAUCUAGCUGCAGAUGGUGAGAUCCCGAUGGAAGAACUCUUGAAGCGAUAUCAAGGAGCUUAUGCAGAGGACUUUGACUUCUCUGAUGCAGAUGAAGAUGAAAGUGAGGAGGACGACGACGAUGAAGAAGAUUCAUCACAAGAUUCAUCAUCUGAAGAAGAAGAGUUGGAGGAAACCGAGGAGGAGGAGGAAGAGGAUGAUCAGGAUAAAGAUGAACUCAAGGACGUGGGAAUGGAAUAUCUCAUCAACCCUGAGAAAGAAAAUGAAGACCUUGCAGCAAAAGCAUCACAGGGAACAUCCGAAGAAGCUGGUCCCAACAUGGAGAUCACUGACAUUGCUGCUGCUGCUCAGAGUUUACAACCAACAGGAUAUACCCUCUCAGAUACACAGGUCAAAACCAAAGUGCCCUUCCUGCUGCGCCACACCCUACGUGAAUACCAGCAUAUAGGACUGGACUGGCUGGUCACCAUGCUGGAGAAGAAACUCAAUGGUAUCCUGGCCGACGAGAUGGGAUUGGGAAAGACUAUCCAAACCAUUGCAUUACUUGCCCAUCUUGCCUGUGAUGAAGGAUGUUGGGGACCACAUCUCAUAGUUGUUCCUACAAGCGUGAUGCUCAACUGGGAGAUGGAGCUCAAGAAGUGGUGUCCUGCUUUCAAGAUUCUCACGUACUAUGGCAGCCAGAAAGAGAGAAAGCUCAAGAGAACGGGUUGGACCAAAUCAAAUGCCUUCCAUGUCUGCAUUACAUCCUACAAGUUAGUCAUUCAGGACCACCAGUCAUUCCGAAGGAAAAAGUGGAAGUACCUCGUGCUUGAUGAGGCCCAAAACAUCAAGAAUUUCAAGUCUCAAAGAUGGCAGACCUUGCUCAACUUCAGCAGUCAGCGUCGACUCCUGCUCACCGGCACACCCUUGCAGAACAACCUGAUGGAGCUUUGGUCUCUCAUGCAUUUCCUGAUGCCUCACGUCUUCCAGUCCCACCGAGAGUUCAAGGAAUGGUUCUCCAACCCCCUGGGAGGCAUGAUCGAAGGCACCCAGGAGUACAACGAGGGUAUCAUCCGCAGGCUGCACAAGGUGUUGAGGCCGUUCUUACUGCGCAGACUGAAGAGUCAGGUAGAGAAGCAGCUUCCUCAGAAGUAUGAGCAUGUGAUCCGUUGCAGGCUCUCCAAGAGACAGAGGUUCCUCUAUGAUGAUUUCAUGGCUCAGAGAAAAACCAAAGAAACGCUUAGCACUGGACACUUCAUGAGCGUGAUCAAUGUCCUGAUGCAGCUCCGUAAAGUCUGCAAUCAUCCAGAUCUGUUUGAAGAGAGAGCUAUCGUUUCUCCUUUCAUCAUGGUUGGUCUCCUCUACUACACUGCUUCACUCGUCCACAGAGUCAUGGAGUACAACCCUCUAAAGCAAGUGAGCUUACGAGCGUUGAACCUGUGCAUAGCAGACCUGGAGAUCUCGCUGCCAGCCUAUGCAGCCCAUAGGACAUGUCAGCUUCAGACACCUAGGAAGCUGAUUGAAGAGAUUGAUAGUGCCCCAGCCCCACCAUCAAGACCACCAAGGGUCAAGGUAAAACCUGGGAAGCUCUACCCAUCACCUAUGGCUCUACAAGCUCAAAAAGAAGCAAGACCAAGUCCGUCCUUAGUGAACCGCCCGAGUGACCGUGCCUCUCCGUCUGCACUCCAUAUACAUGGGCGUGGUUCCCCAUCAAUGGUGAGGGUAGCAUCCCCUAAUAUCAAGGGUACACCAGGGCCUCCUGGACUAACGCAAGUCCUUGUAAGGUCAGCCUCUGGGGUUAGCUUACAACCAAGAGCAUCAACACCGCCUCAAGGUACAGCUGUGGGCACUUCGCAGAUCCUUCAGGCCCAGGGGCGUCCGGGUACACCACCCGUCACAUUGACGGCGAUCAGCAACCCUAGGUCACCGGGUACCCUGACGUUGGUGUCCCAGAACCCUCAACCCGUGCCUAGCGGUACACCUCUGCAGCAGCUGCCUGGUUACACAGGGACUGUCAGUGGGAGUGUAGGCUCUCAGCUCGGUCAACGCAGGGUGCUAUUACAGCAACAGCAGGUAAGGGUGUCUGGAGUUGGGACCAAUGGUCGAGCUCAGCUAAUCACCACCCAACCUAUCACAGUACAGCUGCAAUCAGGGUCAUCAAGCUCAACACAGCAAACGGGUCAAAGGUUACUGGCAGGGCAAAUACGACAACUUCCACAAGGAGGUAUUGUGCAGAUCAUUCAAACAUCCGGGGGGCAGCAAAUCAUCAGGCCCGCGGUCCACCUAACUACGCAAGCCAACCUUGUGAAUGCUCAGCGGACAGCUAACUCUACAACCCAGGUUGUCCAGAGAUCGGGCACCCCUCAGAUGGUCCUCUCCCACACUGCAGCCCAGCUACAAGCUGCUCAACAACUGCACCAGUCGAUACAAAGACAAUUGACGGCACAGGGAGUGAGCCCUAGCCAGGCUCAGGCCGUAGCCUCGCAGCUUUCAAAGGUCACCGCGGCCCAGUCUCCUCUUCAGCUACAGCAGAGACAAAUCGUGCUGCAACAGCAACAACAGCCGCAACAAGUUGUGAUCAAUGCUAAAGGAGCAAGCGUGCAUACAACACCUGCCACACAAACUGUAACAUGUGCGAGCUCAUCGUCGAGACCAAGUAGUCCAUCUGUAACUAUUGUGCAGGCAGCAAGGACUGUCAAUGCGUCUAGUCCUACUCCUGGAACUAUUAAGACGUCAAGUCCUUCAACAAAGACCGUUGUUGCAGUGUCUUUGGCCUCUGACAGGACGACCAAUGCUGCGAGUCCGACGCCAUCUCCAAAAGUAGUCAGGGCUUCAAGUCCAUGUGUGAAGACUAGUAUUGCUACCGUGUCCCCCAAAGAGCCAACAAGCCCUUCUCUUUCUUCGCUUUCCUCUCCGUCUCUGUCGGACUCUGUUCCCUUUUCUCCUCUUACCCCUCUAAAGACACCUGUUAUAAGACUUAAACCUAUCAAGUUGCAACCAUCUGAAGUGUCCACAGUAAAAGAGGAGUCCAAAGAAUCGAAAGAAUUGAAAGAAGCAGCUGAGAAGUUCAAGAAAGCAGAAAAGAAAAGGAAAUCAUCACCGCUUUAUCUGGAAUCCCUAGAUAAAGCUAGAGCCGACGAUCGCAAGGCCUGUCUCUCCCGCAUUGCUACCUUCAACCAGCAACGCUGCAGUGCCAAACCAGUGUACGGUCAAGACCUCUUCACGGCCGUGUCCCUCUACCAUACCUCCAAGCCUGCUGGUAAGAGGAGACCCUUCAGCAACGGUGUGGGUAAUGUCCACUGCUAUCAUGCGCUGAUAGGGGAUGCAUUGAGGAGGGUGGAGGUGGCAUACAAGAAGACAAGAAACCUCAGGAGUAUCCUCCAUACCCCGGAAGACUAUCUGGAGGAGCUGCAGCAGAUUAACAAAAGGUACACCUUUGUUGUUCCAGUUGUGACGGCACCGCUCAUUACCAUGCACACAUCCCAUACUCCGCCUUCAGUGCUCAACAGCGAACGAACCCUGAUCAACACACUGUCAUCUGAACUCAAGCCCAAGUCAUGGUGUCUACAUCCUAUAGAGAAUCUCAUGAGACUGGACAUGCCAGAACUCAGACUCAUUCAAUAUGAUUGUGGUAAACUGCAGACUAUGGAUGGGUUACUGAGGAAGCUGAAGACGGAGGGCUCCAGGGUACUCAUCUUCACUCAGAUGACCAAGAUGCUGGACAUCCUAGAACGAUUCCUCAACUUCCAUGGUCAUAUCUACCUCAGGCUGGAUGGUACAACUAAAGUGGAGCAGAGACAGAUUAUGAUGGAGAGAUUCAACAAGGACCCUCGUAUCUUCUGCUUCAUCCUGUCGACGCGUAGUGGUGGUAUGGGUGUUAACCUGACCGGUGCUAACGCGGUCAUCUUCUACGACAGUGAUUGGAAUCCGACCAUGGAUGCUCAGGCUCAGGACAGGUGUCACCGCAUCGGUCAGACCAGGGACGUACAUAUAUACAGAUUGAUCAGUGAGAUGUCUAUCGAAGAGAACAUCCUGAAGAAAUCCAACCAGAAGAGGCUGCUCAUCGAUGUCUCCAUCGAAGGAGGAAACUUCACCACCGCUUUCUUCAAGAAGCAUACCAUCAAGGAUAUCUUUGACGUGUCUAAGAGUGCUGGAAUCCUAGAGGACCUGAUAGAAGUGGACAAAGCAGCAGAGCCCCAGGAACCUGAGCAACCCAAGGAACCAGAGCAAGAGGCCAAGGCAGAUAAACCUCUCUCACAGACAGAAUUGGAAAAGGCUUUGGCUCGUGCAGAGGACGACACUGAUGUGAAAGCAGCGUCCAGGGCACACGCAGAGCAGGAUGCCGAGCUGGCUGAGUUUGAUGAGGACAUCCCUUACGAGGGAGAGGAGGGCAAGGGCAACGAUGAGUCCUCCAAGCUGGAGAAGGAGCUAACACAGCUCAACAAUCAGCUGACUCCCAUUGAGCGGUAUGCUGUUGUCUAUCUAGAGGACACCCUUGAGCCAAUCACAGCUGAGCAGCUCAAAGAAGCCGAGGAGCAAGUGGAAGCUGCCAAGAGGGAAUGGGAACUGGGUCGACUCCAAGGCUUGAAGGAACUAGAGGAGCGAGAGGCAGAACUAGAAGAGGACGAUGUCCUGUACACCUACUCCAGAGAGGACUCUGAAAAUCAGGUUUACAUCUCGCAGAAAGAGGAAAUAAUGCCGAUCUGGGCUCCUCCCACUCCACCACAAGAUGACAAUGAUGUAUAUAUUGACCAUGUGAUGUGCUUGGGCUAUGAACCGUCCAUCAUGACUGAAUCUCAGCUUCCUUCCGUCUUCCAUAAGAAGGAAACCAAGAAGAUUAAAGUGGAGCAAGGUGCAGUUGUACCUGCUCGUAAGAUCAAGAGUCACGGUCACCAUCACCACCACCAUCACCACCAGAAGUCAGAGACCGUGCAGCAGACUCCAAUGCUGCCUGCGCCUCCUCAGUCGCUCUUCAACCGACCCUCGGCGGCCCUCAUCAGGAUGCGACGCGAGGCCAAGCAGCAGAAGAUGCGUGCUCUGGCCGGUAAGCCGGUGGUCAAGCCCAUGCCUGUUGUCCAUCGACCUGCGACCAUCGAGACCACUUCACUGGACAAGUUGGAAUGGCUCAUCAAUGAGGACUGGGCAUUGCUUCAGGCGGUACAGACCCUGCUGGAGCUUCCCCUGACCCUGCAGCCUCUGGUCCCAGGCCACAUCAUCAACUGGGACCUGGUGAGCGACAUCGUCAACGCCUGCAGCCGGACCUUCCGCUCGCCCAAGCAGUGCUGCAACCGCUACGAGAGCGUUAUCAUCCCACGGGAAGAGGGCAAGAUCCUCUACGACACAAACCCCAAGAAGCAGAAGAAGUCUAAGGGGAUCUACAGGGUGAGUACGAAGAACAAUCGACCGAUGAAGUCAAGUCAGCUCCAUGCCCAGGAUGGGAACUCAUCUCAUACCAUGCUCUACUCAUCCAAGUUUGAUGGUAUCAAGAUGGCCAUCAAUAAACGCCAACCAUUCCUCAAACAAGUACUAAACAACCCACUGCUGAAGAAUCCUAAGCACAGUGCAAUACUGGCCGAGUCUGGGAUCAACUAUGACAAGCCCAUGGUGCCUAGUGAAGUAGCCCUGAAGAGAGCGGAGAGGAUAGCCAGAGAGAAGAAGCUUGCAGCUCUACAGGCUCAGCAAAAGCUUGCGAGAGAGAAAAAGCAGCAACAAGAACAGCAGCAGCAACAGCGUCUCUUGGCUGCCACUAAGCAGCAGCAGGCACAGCAACAAGGCACAGCAACACAGGUGACUGCCCAGCCAGUGGGCACAGCUGCUGGCGCCACCGUUUUGCAGUCUGGAACAAUAAGCAGGACGGCCCUUGGUACAACAGUCACACAGCCCAUAAGGGUAUCUGGUACCCUAGCUGCUCAGGUAGUACGAUCCCAGGGCAUACGUACCUCUGUACCCCAGCUGACCUUACCCAAUGUGACCUCCCAGGUCAGGACCCUCGGCACAUCGUCUCCUCAGAUCGUUGUCUCUUCGGUCUCUUCUAUCGUGACGACGGGUCAACAGACAAGGGUCACACCGACGGUCUCAUUGCAAGGUGGUACCCAGCUGAGCAUGAAGAACCUGGGCCAGUUCAGUCAGCUAGCUCUCAUGAAGAUCAAGCAACAACAGCUACAACAGUUGCAGCAACAGGUCCAGCAGGCUCAGAGUAGUAGCAGCGGGCAGGCAACAUCUGGAACCGUUACCCAGACCACCCAGCAACAAGCUGCCACUAAUCAACUCAAGGCUGAAUUGAGGAAGCUCCAGCAAGCCCAAGCACAGGCCCAAGCAGUCCAAGCCCAAGCUCAGGCCCAAGCCCAAGCUACCUCUGGACAGCUCACCACCAUCCAGAAGGCUACUGGGAUCACUACACAAGCCAUUACAGGGGUUACUCAUGUCCAGCUAACACAGGCACAAAGACAACAGCUUGCUCAGCGCAAGGGACCCACCCUCAACACCUCCCAGGCCGAGAUCGCCGCCCUCCUGAAGCACCACCAAGCGCAGCAGCUCCAAGCCCAGAAGAUCAAAGGCAUCUCCACCAUCCCUGUCACCUCGGUCACCCAGCUCAAAGGCAUCACUGUCAGUGGGGUAACGGUCACCGGGGUCACUACCCUAGGACAGGCAGGAGCCAAGGGUCAGGUGGUGUCUGUAGCUGGAGGCAUGAAGGCUCUGGCUAUCCCCACGGCUGGUGGAUCAGGGACCACGACCACACAGCUAUCAAAGGUCAACCUGCAGCAGAUACUGCAGAUGAAGCAACAGAAGCUGAUCCUUGCUCAGGUUCAAGGUCAGCCUCAAGUUGUGACCUCGGGUCAACAGGUCAGGGUGUCAUCGGGUCAAGCUACCGUCCAGCGUGGUGGCACUCAGACUGCUCAGCAAACCUUGGUUCAACAAGUAGCCAGUCUACAACAGGUUGGAACGAUCGGAGGGCAGCAGGUUCGUGUCCAGCAGGUGACAGCACCUAGAGGUCAGCAGCAGACCGGUACCGUUCAGGUACAGAGGAUACCGACCAGUCAGCUACAGGGUCAACCCAUGCCAACGGUAAGACAGCAACUACAGCAGCAGGUCAAGAGAGUCCCUCAGACGCUGUCCAUACAACAGCAAGGCAAGCCUGUGACCAUCAUUCCACCAGGUAGGCAAGUGCCUCAGACACUGUCGAUACAGCAGCAGGGGAAACCGGUCACCAUCAUACCACCAGGUGCAGUCCUAUCAUCAGCUGGGAAGGUGACUGUCUCGCAGGCCUCCGUGACUCAAGCUCAGAAACAACCCCAGCAGCUGGUCACUCAACUGGUCACCUCUGUGGUCACUCCUAGGACACAGGUCCAGCAGCAGAGCACACCAAACAGGACCCCUCAGCUGGCAAGACUAGUCCAGGCACAGCAGCUUGCUCAAGCCCAGGCCCAAGCAAAAGCCCAAGCACAAGCCCAGGCCCAGGCUCAAAGCCAAUCGUCUCCUGCUCACACGGUGGUCUCCCAGACUGUGGUUGUCCAGGAGGAGAGUUCGUCAGCGGGUCAGACUAAAGGAGCCGCUCAACAGACCACACCAGCUACACAGCAGGUUCGCGUGGUGACAACUCCUGCUACGACGACAACACCUGUCUCUAUCUCCAUUGCACAACCAACGUCUAAGCCAUCCCCACAACAACAACAACAGCAGCAGCAGCGACAGCAGCAACAACAGACACCAGCAACUACAACUCUGCAAGCUCAGCCACAACAACAACAGCAGCAGCAGCAACAGGCAUCGGAGGAUCCCCAGACACCACAAAGCAGAGUGGAAGUCCUGCAACAAGGAGCCGCCUCGUCAGCAUCCCGCCAGUCUCCGUAUGCCAUGAGGUUGCGCAAGCCAUCACAAUCGAGCAAGGACUAGCAGCCACCCUAACCCUGCAAACUCAGACGUGAUAGUUGCAACGGGUGUCACUGGAUUUGACGACACAAAGUUUGGGUUCAGAGUCUUGCUGGUUGUUAUAUAGAGGCUGCAGAAGUUAUCACAUUCAAGAAACAUAGAGGACAUAUCACCCACAUAUGAGUUACUGCCUUGUUGUAACCAGAGAUUGGCCAACUGGUUUUCUGUUGGAUUCUAGCUAGUGCACAUUCUUACGUUUUCUCGCAAACAAGCUAACAUGAACCAAGUUUGCCCAAACUUGUGUAUUGAAUGCUGUGGUCGUAGCCGUCCUUGACAACAUCGUGUGUAUUACACGAUGGAAAGCAAGAUAAGUAAUCCUGAGCAGUAGAAAAAUGCUACUCAGAGAGAUGAGCAUCGAUCUAACCAUGAGGAGCAACAUGUGACGUCUGCACCAUACACUUUACCAAUCAGCAGGGUUUCAAUCAACAAAAGCAUCCUACCGUGCACAUGUUAUCAAAAUCGCUGAUUUGUACAAAACACAAGCAAGCCUAUAUUUCAUGAUUCUGGUUUAUUUUAACCUGAACCAAUAUUAAUCUACAAAAAAAUAAUGUAGAUCUUGUCUUGUUUUCAGAGUUUUAUUUACAGAUUUAUAGAGUAAACAUUUCUCAAUUUUUCUUUCGGAAAAAUGUAGCAACAAUUCUGACCUGUUCAAAAGCCUGACCUAAUUUGAUGGCUAUGAGAAGGAAUAUUGUCCAGUGUUUUAAGAAAUAUGAAAGUAUAGCUCCUAAUUUAUUUUCUGUUUAAAAAUGAUAUAUUUUGUUUGUAUUUUGCUUUGAGUGUGUAUUGCUUUGUUACGGGUUUGAUAGAUUUCUGUGAAAAUAGGAAAAACAAUGUUUAUUUUCAAAGAGAGUCGAUAUAAUGCAUGUGUGGGAUAUAUUAGAAUUGCAUUGGAUGUUAUGAAAUAAUAGCCCUUCUGUUGUGUCAUAUUUACUCAUUGCACAAAGUUAAAAAUCUUCAUUGCCAUGUAACUGUAAUUCCUUCUGUGUAUAAAAGAAUGUGUGUGAACUUUCAGACAUCAUAAUAAUAAUAAUUAUAAUUGCACCUUGA